UCUCAGCGCUCAGUGUACGUUCAGUCGAUCAUCAGAGUCGCGCGUCGGUACCGUCAUAACGAAUUUAUAUAUUCGUAGCGCGCGACACGCGUUCCAAAUUAAACAUUUUUUUAUUUUUUAUUAAGACCAGUCUUCCGCUUUCGUUCGUUGAAGAACGAUUUCGAAGACGCCGAAACCUAAGUGAUUCCGAGUGACCGUGAACAGCUGAUUCCAUUUUGGUGUUAAAUAGUGCAAAUAUUUGAUAAAUGGUUUCUUAAACUGAUGCUUUGAUGGGCCAAGUAACCAAAGAAGAUAUAGGUCGAACAGCAAGUAAUGCUCAAUAGAUAAGUUCAGUCAGAACAUAAAAUAACAAUAACAAAAUGUCAACAGAAACACAAGAAUACAUGAAUGGCAUGAGGCCUGGACCUUUGACGAGAGAGAUACCAGAAUGCAUGAGAGAUAAGUACACUGUUGUACAAACAGUUUUUGAUGUACUUGCAUUCUUAAUGGUCGCGAUUGGAUACAUCAUUCAAGCAAUAUAUAGGACAAUUGUUGGAUACCCAAAGAAAGAUCUCAAGGGUAGCAUAGCUCUUGUGACAGGUGGUGGAGGGGGCCUGGGCAGUCUUAUAGCCCUAAGGCUAGCAAGGCUUGGCUGCGUCGUUGUUUUAUGGGAUAUAAAUAAACAAGGGCUUGAAGAUACAGUUAAAUUAGUCAAAGGAGUUGGAGGCAAAUGCUUCGGCUACGUGGUGGAUCUAACUAAGCGGGACGACAUCUACCGGGUGGGCAAACAAGUCGAUCAAGAAGUCGGCAGAGUGUCGCUUCUGAUAAAUAACGCAGGCGUUGUUUCCGGACACUACUUGCUGGACACUCCGGAUCAUCUCAUUCAGAGGACUUUUGAUGUAAACAUUUUAGCGCAUUUCUGGACAGUGAAAGCAUUCCUGCCGGCGAUGAUCGAGCAGAAUGAGGGCCACAUAGUCACGAUAGCCUCCAUGGCCGGCCAUGUUGGAGUCGCCAAGCUUGUGGACUACUGCUCAUCCAAAUCAGCGGCUUGCGGGUUCGACGAAGCCUUAAGACUGGAGUUAGAAGUCAAAGGUGUAAAAGGAGUCAACACAUCACUUAUAUGCCCGUACUUCAUACGUGCAACUGGAAUGUUUGAAGAGGUCAAUUCAAGAUUCGUGCCAACACUGAGCUCGAACGAGGUGGCGGAUCGCGUGGUGAUGGCGAUCCGCACCAACGAGCCCAUCGCCGUCAUGCCUACCUACUUCCGCCUGUUGCUGCCAUUCAAAUGGCUAGUGCCAUGGCCGUGCAUAUCUGAACUGAUACGCGGCUUAGUACCAGACGCGGUGCCCGAGUCGAUGCGCAUCACACAUCGCAGAAACAAGUCUGAAGACAUUCGCAACAUGGUAAAGAGCGAUUCACGCCCCAUGACCGUAGUACCUCCAGCAAGACACGAAAGAGAAGUUUGACCGCGCCUGUACCAUACCUCUUUACUUCUAACGUUAGGGCAAUUGUGGGAUUUAAGGGCAAAGUUAUAGUUCGGGAUAAGUGGAAGGUAACAAAAAUUUUAGCUAUUAUAAUGCCGAUCCGUAUUUCGAAACCAUAAAGUCUUCUCCAAAAAGAACGCGUAGGUACGCGGCGCUAUAAACGUUGAGAACACAAAACUGAGCUAUGCGACAUCUGACUAACGCACUAACACGCGCUAAGUACGCGUUCUAUUUGGAAAAGCCUUAAAGGUAUUUUAACAUUUAAGGACAACAUGCCACGUUGAUCAUAAUAUAAUUAAAUAUUUUACUUUACCGGGUUGGCUGUAACUGAUGCGGAGCUCCAAUUUCAGAGUACAUAAUACUCUGAAAUUGGAGCAAUAAAAUCACAGACAGAAAUAUGCUAAAACGAAAAACGAAAAUAUUAUAAAUAUUCACAAAACUAUUAGGUUUAUAUUUUGUGAUGUCUGAAAGAAUCAAAAUAAUUCAAUGGCUCGCCUGAUAUUGAUUGGUGAUAAAAUUAAUUGAAUUUUUAAUGUGUAAUCAAAUUUCAAGGACCAAAUUGAAGCUGCCUUAUUCACAAUGCCUUAAUAAAUAUAAAUAGAUAAUAAUGGAUUCUGAAUAAUACGUUACUAUAUUGUGAUACGAUUAUUGGUAUAUCUAAUUAUAUUAUUAUAGCUAUGAAAAAAAUAUUUUAUAGUUGUUGCUGAAGUUACGUGACACUCAAAAAACAUGAAUGUUGAUAGAAAUAAUAUGCCUGCUAAUUUGGUGAUGGUAUAAACGUUAUCUUUUGAGAAAAGAUCGUCGAAAUGCAAUUAUAUUUAGCUUAAUAACCUAGGUACGUAGCGUCAUUUAGAUACUACAAAUUAAAUUCUCCUGUGUAGAUUACAAUUAUAAUAUGGUUUGGAGCACUGAUUUAUUUAUCGAACGAGAAAUUUAAACAUUUGAAGAUUUUUUUUUUUAUUGUAUAUUGUUUAGUGAAAUUAUUAUACGUAUUUUAAUGAAAGACAACGUAUUACUUAGUCAAAAUAACGUGUCACAAACAUCUUAUUUUUAAAAAGCGUUUCUAUUUUCUUUAAGCUAAACUUUACUUAAAAUCACAAAGAUUUAUGGUGGUACUUAGAUUGUACAGUUUAUUUUCGUUAGUGAUGGGGUGUUUUUUUGUUAUAUAUACUUUUUUUUUUUAUAAAUAAGAUUAAUGUGAUAGUUUGAAAUAGCAUCGGUUUGAUAUAUGUGCACCCCAAAUGUCGGUAAACACCUCGUUGCAUUAAUUAGGUAUGCUCGAAUUACUCCGUAGGUUUACACGUUGCUCAAUUACAAGGUUUUAUAUUGUAUUGUUUUGUACAUAUGAUUAUAUACAUCACGAUAUGUAAUGUGGCUUAUGUGGGUACUUUAGUCUUCCAUUUUAUUCGAUUGGUGGAAGGCGACGGAUCACGAAGUGAUUGUGAUAUAAUUAAGUAUAAAUUAAGAAUAUCGUACAAGCAUCGGCAAAUAACUUGAUUUCAAAAUAAUGUUUAAAUUGAACUGAGUGACAAAACAACAUUUUUGAGUUUACAUAUUUUUUUUACAAUUAAUUCUUGCUUGCUUGCUUAAUUUAUUAGUUGUUCUAUAAAAUAACUCAACUUUAAAAAAAAUCUAAUAUAAUUUUGUAUGAAAAUCUACACAAACGGAUUUACGUUUCAAAGUGCUUAUAUUAGACCUACUUAAACUACAAUAUUAAAACCCAAAAAGUCUCGGACAUUAGUUUCAUUUUUAUUUGUUCUAUAUAUAUUGCCUAUUUUAUGUUAAAAAUCUAUCAAUUACAGAAAACUUGAAUUACAUAACUAGCCUAUUCAUUCAGCAAGUAUUAAUAUUAUUAUUAAAAAUCCAUGUUUAUUUGCCGAUACAUCAUACACCUAUAAUGAUAUUGAAAUGUUAUCUUUAUGUAGGUUUCUUGCUCUUUUCCUUCUAAAAUUUGUUAAUCAAAUUUUUAAACCUAUAUAAAAUUAAAUUAUUGUUUUUA